AUGGAGUGGAUUAAAGGAGAAAUGAUCGGUAAAGGAAGUUUUGGAACAGUAAACAUGGCAACCCCAAGAAAAAACUUGAAUGAAUUUCCAUCAGUAAUGGCAGUAAAAUCGUCAAUGGUUUCUCAAUCUUCAAUGUUGGAAAAAGAGAAAGAGAUUCUAACUCAAUUAAAUGGCUGCCCACAAAUUCUUCAGUGUUUUGGUGAUGAUGUUACAGUUGAAAAUGGUGUUCAAAUGUAUAAUAUACUUCUUGAAUUUGCUUCAUUGGGGAAUUUAUCUCAGCUAAUCAAAUCUGGAAGUUCAAUGGGAGAGUCUGAAAUUAGAAAUUACACAAGAAUGAUUACUCAGGGGAUUGGUUAUAUUCAUGAAAUGGGUUUUGUUCAUUCUGAUAUUAAACCACAAAAUAUCCUUCUUUGUUCUGGAGAAGGCCAAAUUGAUUUAAAGAUUGCUGAUUUUGGGUUAGCAAAAAGAAGUGGGAAAAGCUCUAACGGAUUCAUUGGUACUCCACUUUAUAUGUCACCGGAAUCGGUUUUAUGUAAUGAAAAUGAAACAGCUUCAGAUAUAUGGGCACUUGGUUGUGUUGUAAUGGAAAUGAUUACUGGAAAACCAGCUUGGAAAUGUUCAGACUUGAGUAAUUUAUUAUACAGAAUCGGGUUUACUGAACAAGUGCCAGAAAUUCCAUCAGAAAUAUCAGAAGAAGGAAAAGAUUUCUUAAGAAAAUGUUUUAUCAGAGAUCCAACAAAGAGAUGGACGGCUGAGAUGUUAUUGAGACAUCCAUUUCUUUCUAACGAUUUUGAUGCUCAAGUCAGUACUAUUUCAUUGAAGGAAUUGAAGAGAACACAUUCGUCUCCUAAAAGUACUUUUGAUUUUCCUGAAUCAUGGAGCGAUUCGAUUGAAAAAGAUGAGUCAAAUUGCUCUACCUGUUUGAAAGAUCGAAUCGGUGAAUUAGUGUUGGGGAAAGAACCAAAUUGGUCAACUUCAGAUAGCUGGAUUGUUGUAAGAUAG